ACAACCGCAAAGAAAGUGAAAUAGAUGUACAGUGCAGUUCAGUGCUGUUGUCUACGCAGAAGGAAUCCAAAACGUUGCCGAAAUACUGAAGAAAUAAGGACAUGAAUCCUUCACUUGCGCAUUCGUAAAGAUAUUCUCGUUGCAAUGGAAGACUUUCGCCAGAGAACUGUGCUACUUGAGAACGUCAGGCAACAGUUUCCUUGUGUAGUCCGUCUCUUUGCUGACGUCCAGUACCAAACCCAUUUUGGCCACUUUACGCUCUAUGUAUCAUCAUUGGAUGGAUGACCACGAAUCAACAACCUUGUAAUCAAAUAAUAGUAAGUGAAUUCAUUGAUUAAUUUUUUACUUUGAUAGUUGAUUGAGGAAAACGGUUCUAGAGUAUGUUACAGGUAAUUGAUCAAUCGGUCGUAUAACUUGCGCUUCAUUGAUCGAUUUUGUUUCAUUGAAUUUAAAUGUGAUGAGGGCCUCCCUAGGUUCCAUUGCAACAAAGCGUUGUCGUCGUUAACAUACAUGGUUAUCUUUAGUUUUAGAAAACAAGGUGAGUUCCGUACUGAAAUUUCAUUAACUCCGCAUGGGAUUUCCUUCGAGACAACACAAAGUAAAACUAAAAUAUUGGUCGACAAACUUUGAACAAAAACACGUGAUAAGACAAGCCUUAAUAUUGAUAUGAUUUCAUCAGUGCAAUAUGCAGUACGUGUACUGUUAGACCGCGCUGCAAGUGUCAAUAUUUUUCGUUAUUGUGAUAGAAUGACUAAAGUUUCUAUAAUUAUCUUGUUCGCGAUUUCUACCGUUUGCUGGAGUGGACCUUCCCAGUUGUGGAAUAAAAUUGAAAUAAAGGACCGUAUGGUGGCCACGCAAAUAAAUGGAGGCUCAGACGCCAUACCUUCAUCGCAGUGCCAAGAAGAUUUCCUCCAAGGAGAUCCUAACGUACCUUGCUGGACAUUGGCAUUGAAAUGCUAUUGUUUUUCUACCCGCACUUUAGGCGUUGAUUGGAAUAGGGCGGAUCGAUUUUGCCGAGCUGGAAAUUUUACUCUCCUAAGUAUUGAAACCCACGAGGAAGAUCGAUUGAUCCAUCACCACCUCGUAACAGAACUACCUGUUUAUGGGUCAACCUAUUGGACGUCAGGAAAAUACCUUAUACCCCAAUGGGAAUGGGCCUCAACAGAACCUUUCCAGCCAUUUGACUACGCCAAUUGGUAUCCUGGAGUCCCUAACAACAAUAGACCCGACUAUUGCGUUUAUCUUUACUUCGAUGGUGGGUUUGAUAGCGGCUACUGGCGUGACAAUAGCUGCUCCACUUUGACUAAUUUCAUUUGCGAAGCAAUUGAUUAAAGCUUAGAACUAGCGGGUUGCAAUGACUGUGUUCGAAACCGGCUGAAAAACGAGAUUUAACUACUUGGAAUUUGGUCGAA